CUCGGCAGAAGGCUCUGCUUUGACUCUGUUUCCAGCCAUGAAGGUGGUGCUGCUGACGGUGCUGUUGGUGUUGGCCACGUGGGCAGAUACGGCCCAGGCCCAGAAUGCUCUAAGACUCUGUGGCCGUGAGUUUUUUCGGGCGGUCGUCUACACCUGUGGGGGUUCCAGAUGGAGGCGGGGCCAAACUGAGGACCCCCUAAAUGGUUAUGAAAUCGAGACUGAUGUGGAGUCACUGACCUCUGCAGGAAUGGAUCGAGUAAGAAGAGAGGCCUAUGAAGCACUGCCCUCCACGUGCUGUAAAGUGGGAUGCAGAAAAAGUGAUCUUGUUAGCAUGUGCUGAGAAACACUCCCAACAUCAUCAUGUUUGUGCAAAAUGCAUUCAGAGGACUUGAAUUACUUAGAAACUCUU